AUGAGCCAACCCGACCCCUCCAAACUCUUCCCUCCACUAGCACCUGGCCCUUCAUCAUCGCGCAUAUACUCCGGACAGCCAUCGAUGGUCGUCAGUCGGUCCAAGAAGAAUUCAACGGCUUGCUUACCGUGCAAAGCUGCCAAGAGAAAGUGCUCUGGGAAUGGAAAACCACCGUGCGAGGCCUGUAAAAACGCUGGCACUGCAAGAGAUUGCCAUUUCGACCCAACCCGCGAUCUGAGGCGCAAAAUUGCCGUCAAGAAAACGAUUCAAGAACUCACCGAUUAUAAAGGCCUGUUGGACACGCUCCUGACCACAAUCCGAUUAUCGCCGCAAGAAAAAGUCUCGGAGAUUGUCGACCUGAUCAAAAAUAAUGGUUCAAUCCAAGAGCUCGCUCAGGCCGUAGGUAGCGAUGCCGCCAAAUUUGCUAAUACCAAUUCAAUAGCUCUGGGGCACCAUGCCAUAGAAGAGGAUUUGGAGCACCUUGAAUUGUCAUUGAACAACAAGCCUUCCACAUCAACUCGAAUCUCGUACUCGCCGGAACAAGGACACCAGGAAAUGUCUCGAGCGGCCCUGCAUCCAUAUGCUCGGGUGACCUUGGAAAGUCUUUGUGAUAUUCCCCUAUUUAGGGUACCGGCAAAGCCAUGGACAAAAGUUACCGAUGACAACGAACUAGUGUCGCAUCUAGUUUCGCUGUACUUCACAUGGGACCAUCCAUGCGCACAAUUUGUCGAUCAGGAAAUCUUUUUGGACCAUAUGAAGCAGGGCGAUCUUUCCUCUGGAUUUUGCUCCCCUCUCCUAGUCAAUAGCCUUUUAUCAAUAGCCAGCACGUAUUCUGAUAGCCCUGGCGUUUUCGCGGAUCCAGAAAACGCAUUUUCUUCGGGGCAGGGUUUCUUUGAGGAAGCGGAACGAUUGUUGAAGCCCCAGGAGGGGGUUGCCACUUUGACAAAUAUUCAGGCUCUCCUGAUGAUGUGUUGUGUGUUGUCGCAACAGGGAAAGAGUAGUCGAGCCUGGUGGAUUCUGCGAGGGGCCGUUCAGAUGGCUCAGGAUAUGGGCCUUUUCACAGUUCCAAAGGUGGAGAAUCCAUCCGCGACGACACCCGAGAUGCAACGAGUCCGUGCGAUUACGGCGUGGGGUGUUUUCAGCUUGAAUGUUCAGCUGUCAACGAAGUUUCACAAGGUGGCCAACUUGGAUCCACCUGCCUCCAGGUUAAACGUGGGUGGUGACAACGACUUCGCUUGGACCCCAUACCCACGGUCAAACCAGAUAAAUUAUACCACAAAGCCCGCGCAGCUCCCUCGGGUCAGAGAGGGCCUAGCCAAGCUAACGGAAAUUCUGAACCAUGUGCAAGGACUGUUGCAUGACGACGAUAGUAGUUUUCAAGAGUUGACAAACAAAGCCCAGAAACCAUAUAUACUGCUGCAAGAGUUGCUGGAAAGCUGGCCGGACCCCUCCCAGACUGGAACAGUCCCAGUCCCUCAAAUUCUCAUUCUCCGUAUCAAAUGCCUCCAGGCAGGCAUGAAUAUGCUCGAAGUGUUGAUUGAGAAAGAUCAAGAAGGAGCCAUGUCGAUUCAACUAAGACAGACUUGGUGUGAGCAGGCCGAAGCGAUGGCACAGUGUCUUCGGGUCCAUCGCCAAUCGUAUGGGUUGAAACACGUUCCUAGUCAGGUCGUUGACGCGGUUCAAACGGCCCUCCGUGUCCUGGUGCAUCAACUGGAUGACACUGAAAAUGCAAAGAAUGCUUUCACAGAGAUCUGUCGAUUUGGAAUUGCUCUCAGUCAAAAGUUCCAACCCACGGCAGAGGCCAUUAAAGCGAUUCAGUUGCUUUCGCAACGCGGUGACGUACAACUGCCCAUAGAUGCCCUCGCGAUUCUGGAUGGCGUGGAGCUGAGAAAAGGGCAAGAGUGA